AUGUCUUUGAUACCAGUUGAAAUUCUUCGUCUAGUUUUUGGACUUUUAUCUAAAGAUAAAAAGUCUCUACGUUCUUGUCUUUUAGUGGAUCGAACAUGGUGUGAAAGUGUUGUUUCGAUUUUAUGGAAUGAUCCAUUUCAAUUUUUGGAUGAACCAUCUUUCUCAAUUAUUCAAACUCUUCUUUCAUGUCUUAAUAAUUCCGAAUUGGCUAUUUUAAAAAACGAAGGGAUCAGUAUAGAGAAUUUAGCAAUGAAUAGGCCCACCUUUGAUUAUGUGGCUUUUAUGAGACACCUAAAAUACGUUAACAUAUAUGAUUCAGCCUUAGUUUGGCUAAUGCAUGAGGGUAAGGAUGCAUCCCUCGGAUUUGUUGUCGCCAGAGAACUUUGUAAGCUUAUAAUUAAUCGUUGUAAGACAAUUCUUACUUUAUCUAUUAGCACAGAAGGCAUGGUAUCUUUUACUGAUAAGAAUGAUUAUGUAUCGAUACCAUGUUUUCCUGGCGCUCGUGAUUGUUUAUCUAAUCUUCAGGAAUUCAUGUGUUGUGGUGCUUACGAUAAGAAAAAGAUUUUUAAGAGUAUGGCUCAGUCAUGUAGAAAUAUUCGACGUUUAAAUGUCGAUUAUUAUAUGGAUGAUCGGACAACUGCCGCUCCUCCGGAGUUGGUAAAACUUAUCAAAAGUCAACAAUGUUUAAUAGAAUUUAAGCUUACUAUGUUUGCUAAAGUAUUUGACAUUGUUUCUGCUUUAAGAAGUCAGGAGAAAACUCUUUCGUAUGUGGAAUUCCGUGGUGUUGAGUUUGGGGAUGAUGUUACUUUUGAGUCACUUGUGAAUUGUACUAAUUUAAAGUAUUUAUCAUUAUAUCAAUGUGACAAUGUGACUAACAAAACAUUAGAACCUUUAACAACUGUAUCUUUCCCUAAUUUGAAAACAUUUAUCUUUAAAGUUAUACCAAAACCUCCUGUUGCUGUAUCUUCAUUUAUUCGCAGUAAUUGUAUUAGUUUACAAGAAUUGGUUUUAGAUUGGCAGCAAGUCACCGAUCCAGAGGAUGAUCCUGAAAUUAUUGAAACUAUCAUUGAGCAUUGUCCUAAUAUAACUUCCUUUGAGGGGCAUUUAAAGGUUCCACAACAAUUAGUUCCUUUUCUACAAGCUUGUUCUCAACUAAAAAGUUUAACUGUUCAUGGUAAAGAACGUGUUAUUGCCGACGAACUCUUACCGCAACUUGGACCAUUAAUUCCUGCGAAUCAUUUUAA